CCGCAGCAGCAGCAGCAGCACCACCACCAUAUAAACCCCAACCCCCCCAACCCAUUCCUCUCCUCCCCCAAUCCUCCACCGCAGCCCAUCUCCGCCUCCCCAGUGUCAGAGAGAUCAUCAAAGCCACCGGUGAGAGCGCCAUGAGGAGCAGCGACGGCGACGUCAAGUCCUUCUUCCGGCAGCAGAAGGCCCACUCCGGCGCGGCGGCGGCCAUCAAGCCCACCGGCGGCGUCUCCAAGAAGGCGGCGGGCAACCACCAGAAGACACCGGCUGCGGCUCUUCUCCAUCUGACCCCAGAUCACUGCGACGUCGCUGACGCGAGGAAGGAGGCGGAGGAGGAGCGCCGGGAGAGGGCGGCCUGCGAGUUCGACAUGGACAUGCGCUACGGGCCCUGCCUCGGCCUCACCCGCGCCCAGCGCUGGCGCCGCGCCGCAGCGCUCGGCCUCGCCCCGCCGCCGGCCGCGCUCUGCCCCGACGACCAGCCCUGCCUCUGGGAGGGCCGCGUCUAGACUCCAGAGGGCGUCCGUCGCCGGUCAUCCCGUCUGCUGCUUCCUCUUCCCCACCUGCCUACCACUCCUCGUGGUACCACUACUACUGUUUGCUGCUCGUACCAGUCCGGCACCACAUCUGUAGUUUCCUGAUUUCUUCGGUCCUCUGUUCGUUUGGAUCGAUGCUUCUGCGUGUGUGCGUGAGACGGUGUCGUGUGAUCCGAUCGGAUGCUAUAUUAAUCUCAGUUUAGUCUUAUGACUUGCCCUUGGCUGCGUGUGUUUGCCAUCAGAAUCUUCAGCUAUGUUUAUCUGCUGCAGAGAAAAACUGCAUUACAGUGUCUGUCCAAUCUUUACAGUUGAGACACCAUCUCAAUCUGAAA